UGUGUAGCUGCGGGGCGGCCCUCGUGGCCGGGAUGCCGGUGUGUGCCGUGCCAGUCCACUGUGGACGGUGAGGGGCCAGAGGAGGCGACCGAGUGCCGGAGACUGAGAGGAAGCAGUCCCCACCAAACAGGAGAGAUGAACCUCUGCUGGAAUGAGAUCAAACGCAAGUCCCACAACAUUCGGGCACGGCUCGAAGCUUUCUCCGACAACAGCGGGAAGCUGCAGCUCUCUCUGCAGGAGAUCAUAGAAUGGCUGACAGCCAAGGACGAGGAGCUAUCGGAGCAGCUGCCCAUAGGAGGCGACGUUGGGGCCGUCCAGCACCAGAGAGAGUUCCACCAGGCGUUUAUGGAGGAUGUCAAGUCUCGCGGGCCCUUCAUCUACUCGGUUUUGGAGUCAGCCCAGGCCUUUCUGGCUCAGCACCCCUUCCAGGAGCCCGAGGAGACCCUGACCGAUGGAAAAGAGGUGUCUCCACGGCGACGGAUUUUGAACGUGAGCCGAUCUGUGUGGAAGCAGGCGAACGUGGCGAGUGACCUGUGGGAAAAACUGACCGCUCGCUGCGUGGACCGCCACAGGCACAUGGAGAGGACACUGGAGUGCCUUUUGCAGAUCCAGGCAGCCAUGGACGAGCUUGCGGGGGCCCUGGAGCAGGCAGAGGGCGUGAGGGACGCCUGGGAGCCUGUUGGCGACCUCUUCAUCGACUCGCUGCAGGACCACAUUGAUGCCACCAAGCUGUUCAAGGAGGAACUCUCGCAGGUGAAGGAGGGCAUGAAGCAGGUCAAUGAGUUGGCCCACCAGCUGGCAAUCUCUGAUGUCCAUUUGUCGAUGGAGAACGCCCGGGUCCUGGAGCAUCUCAACAGCAGAUGGAAAGUGCUUCAGGGCUCCAUUGAGGAGCGGCUGAAGCAGCUCCAGGAUGCACACAGAGACUUUGGCCCUGGAUCGCAGCACUUCCUCUCCAGUUCGGUCCAGGUACCAUGGGAGCGUGCCAUCUCCCCAAACAAAGUGCCCUACUACAUUAACCAUCAGGCCCAGACAACAUGCUGGGACCAUCCAAAGAUGACAGAGCUGUACCAGGCGCUGGCGGAUCUGAACAACAUCAAGUUCUCUGCAUACAGAACAGCUAUGAAGCUUCGACGGGUUCAGAAGUCUCUGAGAUUGGACCUGGUGGCGCUGAGCAGCCUGGUGGACGUGUUUCGGGAGCAGGAGCUGCAGCAGGGGGAGCAUGUGAUGGACGUGGUGGAGGUGAUUCACGGCCUGACGGCCGUGUACGAGGGGCUGGAGGAGCAGAGGUCCCUUCUGGUCAACAUCCCUCUCUGCGUUGACAUGUGCCUCAACUGGCUGCUCAAUGUUUAUGACAGUGCACGAAAUGGCAAAAUGCGAGUUCUCAGCUUCAAAAUGGGACUGGUGAGCUUGUGCAACGCAGACGUCCAGGAGAAGUACAAAUACUUGUUCCGUCAGGUGUCCGGUCCUGGAGGCUUGACAGACCAGCGCCACCUCAGCCUGCUGCUACAUGAAGCCAUCCAGAUCCCCCGCCAGCUGGGCGAAGUCGCAGCUUUCGGCGGCAGCAACACGGAGCCAAGCGUCCGGAGCUGCUUCCGCAUGGCCCCUGAGAAACCUGCCAUUGAGGUGUCUCAUUUCCUGGAAUGGAUGAGCCUCGAGCCCCAGUCGAUGGUUUGGCUGCCCGUCCUGCACCGCGUAGCUGCAGCAGAGUCCACCAAGCAUCAGGCCAAAUGCUACGUCUGCAAACAAUGCCCCAUUAAGGGCUUCAGGUAUCGCAGUUUGAAGCAGUUCAAUGUGGACAUCUGCCAGACAUGUUUUCUGACCGGCCGCACAAGCAAGGGCAAGAAGCUGCACUACCCCAUCAUGGAGUACUACACCCCAACAACCUCGGGAGAGAAGAUGAGGGACUUCGCUAAGACUCUGAAGAACAAGUUCAGGUCAAAGCAGUACUUUACAAAGCACCCACAGAGAGGUUACCUGCCUGUGCAAUCUGUACUGGAAGCUGAAAGCUCAGAGACCCCUUGCUCCUCACCCAGGCUGCCCCAUGCAGACACACACAGCAGGAUUGAACACUACGCCAGCAGACUGGCAGAAAUGGAAAACCAGAAUUGCUCAUUCUUCACGGAUAGCCUGUCUCCAGACGAGAGCCUGGAUGAAGAUCAGUACCUCCUGCGUCACUCCAGCCCAGCCCUGGACCACGAUUCACCCUGCGGGCAGCACAUGCUGCUGGCUCACCUGGAGCAUCAGGACAAGGAGCAGCUCCAAUGCACCCUGGCCCGCCUGGAGAACGAGAACAGGGUGCUGCAGAGCGAGUACAGGCGACUCAAGUGGAAACAUGAAGAGGCGGCGGCACUUCCCAUGCUAACCGAGGCUGGUGAGGGCGGCCCCGGGUCGCCCACCGCGGGAGGGGCGCAGGAUGAAGAGCUGCUGGCUGAGGCGCGGGUGCUGCGGCAACACAAAACGCGCCUGGAGACCCGGAUGCAGAUCCUGGAGGACCACAACAAACAGCUGGAGUCGCAGCUGCGCCGACUGAGGGAGCUACUGCUACAGCCCAAAGAUGAUUCUGAGGCGAACGGAUCCGAGCUGUCGACGCUCUCCUCUCCGGUGUCAGGAGGCGGGCGCCAAGGGGAGCCGCCCAGCCGGGAGACGACCGACACCGAGGCAGCAGGAGAUGAUUUGGAGCGCGAGCAGGACACCGUGCUGCAGCUUCAGGAGGUCAUCGAACAGCUGAGAAACGUCUUCCCCUCCGAGCCGGGCACCACAUCACACAUCUAACCCUGCGAGGGCCUACAGAAGCAGAAUGACAGCCUGAAACGAGGCCCGAGGUCAGGCGGCGGCACCUCAAACCCUGCGACUGCCACGGCGGCGCCGACAUUAAGAACUAACUCUCGUCCGGAUCGCUGUGCACUAAAAGCCUUUCUCAUGCAAACUGCCAGAGGCUCACACUGACGCCCUUUCUGGCCAGGCUGUGCUUCGUCAGCUCAGUGACGGCAUGUUAAGGAGCCAGGAGGAAAAUAUCGUUAGCAGAAGGUCAGGGGGUCAGAAACAAGAAAACGAAACGCCCAACCAAGACACUGUGCUUACCAGUAUUUGUGUAGUUGUUCAGAGGUGUGAAGCUUUAUAUCAGAUCAGAGCACAAAGUCCAGAGGAAGAACUGGAAAAAUA